GGACAGGCGACAGACAGUAAAUAUGGCAGACAGAGACACUUCUACAGAUGCUCACAAACAUAGUGUUUUUGAGGAGCUGCUCAGAUUUUAAAUGACCUUCUGAAUAUGUGAACAUCAACUCAUAUUUGUUUCCAUCCGAGCCCUGAUACAGUCCAUCAGAGCUGUUUGAGGCGAGGUCCCGGAGCCAUAAGAUACCGGUGAGGGGUCAGAAAGACUUCCUGCCCAAUGGGUCGGAGCAGCAGAGGGCCCGUCUGCAGCAGAGUCUGGACGAGCACUGGACGCUCCUGGCCGAGGAGAGAGUCGAGAGACUAGGGAAUCUAGUGAAAGCUGUCUGGAUCCCUGACGAAAGAUUAGUGGAACUACAGUCACCAGCAGGCAAGUUUUGGCAGACGAUGGGUUUUUCAGAGAGAGGCAAGCAGUACCUGCGUCCUGAAGAGGCUCUCUACCUUAUGGAAUGUGGCAAUGUGCAGGUGUUUUACCGGGACCUUCCUUUAUCCAUUCAGGAGGGAUAUGAGCGGUUUCUCUCUCAUGAGACUGUGACUCUUCAUCAGUAUCAGGUUUUUGGACAUUUGAAAAGGCUUGGGUAUGUUGUGAACAGAUUUGACCCCAGUUCAGUCCCAUCCACAUAUGAGAGACAGCUGAAUCUGCCAGCAUCAUCAUGGGACAAACAGAGAAAACAGCUGAAGAGGAAACGCUCUCAGAGUCCUGUGUCCAGUGACAAACAAAACCCAUCACCAGUGGAAAAGACGACAACUGAAGACCAAAGUGAGGAGCUAGUUAACGCCAGUGAAUCACCCGCAGGUCAAACAGCUCCAGAUCCAUCUCUGGAGGAGUCCAUGCAGUCAGCUGAUGCCUCUGACAGGACGUGGUGGAUGGAGGAGGAUGUCCAGCCUCCGUCUGCUCAAUCCCAAAGCGCAGCUCCUCGGUGGGACUUCAGCAGCAUCUCUUUCCCAGACCUUGGCUCUCGCCGGAGCCGCUCCGUCUCUCUGGAAUCUCCAGACCCCAGUCUGCUGCCCGGAGCGCUGGAGGUGGGUGGAUGCGAUUUGUCACCGUGGCUCAGAAGACUCAACGUGAAGCAGGAGAAGCUGUCGCAGCGGGACAGGGAGCGUCAGAGAGAGAGAGAUCGCUACCACAGGGAUAUUAACAGUGACCGAGAGGUGCGGCACUGCAGGAACUGGGCGGAGUAUUUGCAGCUGGUGGAGGACAGGAGGAGACGGAGCCAGAAAGAUAAACCUGUGCAUCUGUGGGAGAAUGAGGUGACGCCGCUCACUCAGCCGGGACAGUGCAACUCACACCGUGAACUGCUAGACCAGAUCAGCAUUAUCAAGUCUUCGAGCUUGCCGGAAGGGGUUUCCAGCUUGUCCGCGUCAGACCAGUGGACGAUUAGUUUUGAUGUUUACCAACCGGAUACGGUGGCAGAGUUUAAAAAGAGCCAACCUGGAAAGCCUUACACCCACAUGUGUGUCUGCAGUUUUGACGGUCCUGUGCCUGAUCUGCAUGCCUUGAAGCAGCUGUCCUACCAAAGCGGAGACGUCCCAGUGACUUUUGCAGUGGUUGAUCAUGGAGACAUCUCAUUUUAUUGCUUCAAGGAUUUCAAACUGCCAACUGAUUCGUAUUAAAGGAGGAUUUCUAAACCUUAAACUGGACUGAAACAGUAUCUGGAUCUCAGGGUAUUAAAGGGAUUGUUCACACAAAAACAUUUUGUCAUCAUUUGCUCACCCUUAUGUCAUUUCAAGAAUGUCAAUCACCAAAUAGUUUUGAAUGCAAUUGACUUCAGUUGUAGUUAUUUUUUAUUUUUUUGGUUGCCAACAUUACAAAAUACCUGAAUAUUAAGCAUUGUUUUAAACUCUUUUUUUUUGGUUCCACUGAAAAAAGAAGGUUAUACAGUUUUAGAACAACAUGAGGGUGAGAAAAUUAUGACAGUGUUUUAGGUGAACUAUUCCUUUAAGUUGCUUUUAAUACAAAACUGUUAAGAUGUGUCAUGUGCUAGUUACGCCAAAAUUACGAACACAAUAAAAUAUAUGGAAGCCCUUUUCCUACUUUUUUCUCACAAUUGCAUGUUUUGAUAUAAACUCGCAAUUACAAGUUAUAAAGAGAAACAAACUCAGAAUUGCAUAUUAUAAAUUCGCAAAUUGCGAGUUAUAAAGUCAGAAUUGCGAUACAUACACUCACAAUUUUUAUCUCACAAUUCUGACUUCGUUUCUUGCAGUGAGUUUAAAUCACGCAAUUUCAAGAAAAAGUCCGAAUUUAGUUUUUAUCUUGCAAUUGUGAGUUUAAACCGGGCAAUUCUGAAAAGAAAAUUUUGAAUUGCAAGUUCAAUUCUGACAUUUUUAAACUCACAAUUCAGACUUUUUUCAGAGUUUUUCUCGCAAUUCUGACUAUUUCUCGCUAUUAAUUUAAAUCAUGCAAUUCUGAGGGAAAAGUCUGAAUUGUGAUAUUUUAUCUCACAAUUGCAAGUUUCUAUCACGCAAUUCUAAGAAAGUUUUUAUCUUGCGGUUGUGAGUUUGUAUCUCGCGGUUAUAUAGAAAAAUGUCAGAAUGGUGAGAUAAAAAUUCAGAAAAAAAGUCUGAAUUGCAAUAUAUAAAUGUACAAUUCUGUCUUUUUUUUCCUAAUUUUAUCUCGCAAUGAGUUUAAGUUGCGCAAUUAUGAGAAAUUAAGUCAGAUUUGUGAGAUAAAAAUUUGCAAUAACCCUUUUUUGUUUUUUAUUCAGUGGCAGAGACAGGCUUCCAUAAAAAUGUUUAUGUUUGGACACUGAAGAAAAAAAAACAUAAAAUCCUGUUUUGAUCAACUAAUUAUAUAGUUUUCAGGACCAUCUCUACUGGUUAGAUAAACGUUUUACUAACCUAGUUCACAAGCUUUCAGGGUAUCUUGGUUAUUCAUUGCACUUAAGUGCUUCCACAAUAUUCUGUUGGGAAUGGAAAGCUAGAGCUUAGAAGAGCGUUUCAGAUAGUCAAAAUUGGUGUUGGAUUAAAGAAAUGACUUAAUAAGCAAUCCAUUUGAUCUGGUGUGGGUGUCUAUCUUGGUGUGAUG